CAAAUUUUCCCGAAUAAGCCGACAAAAGUAAACUUAUUAAGGCCUCGCAGUGAAUUCGGGAUUUGAAACUGAAAGGCCCCGUAUUGCUUCCUGUAGGGACCCUUGUGGCUGGGAACGGAAGAAAUCUGGAAAUAAUUGUACAAAAGUGGACUUGCACGCCUGAAAAGCAGCCAAACAUCAAACAAGAUCCGUGGCUUCAGCUUCCAGAAAGCAAGGGAGUCUAAUUAGCAUUACACAGAAGACAAAUUUCCCCACGCAACAAAGCUCCGUAUUGAAGAGCUGCAGAUAAAAUUAACCAAGAUUUACAACUCCAAAGUCCCAAUCUUCCAUUGCCUUCAGGAAAGCGAGAUCUUUACAGCCGGUUCAAAUAUUUUUGGAACAGAUUCUACACGCGAACUGCAAACCAUGCCAGUUCAAGUCAAUACACAAUCCCACGAAAUGGUGAAGGAUUUCAUCGGCUACAAACUACGGCAAAAUAACAUAUUCCUGGAGGGAUUUAAUAUGGAAUCUCCGACCAAAGCCUCGAAGCAUUUAAGAAUUGUGGCUGAUGAAUUAAUUGCGGACAACAGCGAGCUAUUUCAUUCUAUGUGUGACCAACUGCAUCUCACUCCAAUUUCAACUUAUCCAACUUUUGUUGGAAUCGCCAAUGAGAUCUUCCAAUCGGGCAAAAACUGGGGUAGAGUUGUUGCUUUUCUUGCUUUUGGAGCAACCCUUGCAGUUUAUUGCGCCCAAAGAGAGGAAUUACACGAAUUAGUGAACGACAUUGUAGAAUGGGUCUCACGCUACAUGGACCAAAACCUGUCCUGCUGGAUUCGAGAAAAUGGUGGCUGGGAUGGAUUUAUAGAUUUUUUUCAACGUGAAGAUGACUCCUCAGACCAGGAUAGCAAGCGAGGGAAUGGAAGAUGGGGAAUGGCCGCUGUUGCUGGACUGGGGAUUGGAGCGUUGCUGAUGUUGGCUUGCCGAUAACUUUCUGAAAAUUCUACAUCCACAGGAGAAGAUGGAAUAAGAACUUUUGACUGUGGGAUUGUAUAAAUGUAUGAUAAGGUUCAGUUUGUAUAGUUGUGGUUAUACACAGAGUGAGCCAGGAGAGAAAGCUUGGAAGUCACUGAACAGUACUGUACGUUCUCUGUUUUCAACACUCGGCGAAUGAUAAAGGAUUGUAAUCCAUGUAUAAUGGUCCAAGAUGGCUUUUGUAUCUUCAAUGAAGACAUAUAGACAGAUGGUGGAACCUGGUUAUCUGGAAACCCUUUUAUUCAGCUGUAGUUUUUCUUGUUUUUUUGUUGUUGUUGUUGUUGUUUUUUUUUUCUGUAGACUGAUUACAGAUGUCUAUACUCUAUCAAAAGGGGGAGGUUUAUAUGCCCUUCCAAGGAUCAGAUAAUUAAAAAAUUGAUGAGAGGAUGUGAUCCCCUAAGAAAAAUAAUAUCAGAAAAACGAAAUUGAGAAAAAAAUAUGCAUUGGAAAUAAGGAGACAACACAUGAAUGCUUUUCCUGCAAAAUAUAUUGAGCAUAAAAAUAAAAAUUAUACCUGCCCCUUCAAAUUCCUAAUGAUGGCAAAUCUUGAAUCAGCAUUGUAGAAGAUCAGUUAAGGGUUUUUUUUUUUGUCAAACCUUUUGGUUACCAGAUAUCCCAGUUCAACAUGGUUGUGUUUUUUUACAUAUUACACAGUAUAUUUUUAAUACAUUGGGAAGAAUUUUGUACUUGAUUUGGUAUAAUGUUAGGUCAUUGAAUGGGUUUUUGACUAAUUAUUUCCAUUUGACCUGGACCACUGAAUUGUAGACAAAUAGUUUUGUACAUUUACUUACAUAUGGUUGUGGGUGUUGGAAAAUAUUAUGGAUAAAAAGCUUUAUCAUUAUAUAUACUGAUGGUUGGAAAAAUGUAGACAAUAGCAGAAAUCCAGUUUAGCUUUAUUUAUCACAAGGUUUAUUCAUGGCAAUGAGAACUUGGAGCUCUGACAGACAUUUAAGUUUGCUUGACAAAGCAAAUUUUGUCCAGUGCCUCCAUCAGACAUACUAUUCGACAAAUAAAUAGGCCUUGCAAGAAUUCCUAAUCCUGAGAUAGAUUUGGUUGUUAUACAGUAUGAAAAAAGGUUCUCUGAGUUAUUGAUAAAAGUCAGUGUUUCAUU